CAGAAAGUGGUUACGUCGCUGCGAUAGAUACCAUGUGCAGAUGGCGAUAAAGAAGAAAAAGUACAAAUUGCAGUGUACAACAGAAAGCCAACAUGACAUUUGAAUCUAUAGACCAUUUCUGUGGUUCAAAUUUUUGGGAUACUAACUUAACAUGGUAUACAGAAGAUCCUGAUUUGACAGAAUGCUUCCAGAAGACUGUCCUGGUUUGGGUGCCUUGCGUUUUUCUCUGGAUGUUUUCUGCUUUGGAAACCUAUUAUCUGUUAAGCAGUAAAACAAGAAAUGUUCCAUGGAACUGGCUUAAUGCAACAAAACUAGUCAUUACACUAACUUUGGUUAUACUUACAAUAGCAGAUUUGGGGAAUGCAUUUCAUCUGAUUUCACUGAAUGAGGAUGUGUACUCAGUAGACAUAUUCGUACCCAUAAUCAAAAUUAUGACAUUUUGCCUUGCUGGUGUUCUUCUAUUCUACAAUCGAAAAAGAGGCAUGCAAACAUCAGGAUUACUGUUCCUAUUCUGGUUACUCCUUGCAAUUUGUGGUGCAGUACAGUACCGUGCACAGAUAACAUUAAACAAAAUGAAAAUUAAUGAAGCACCAGAUGAAUUUGAACCAGCAUUUUCAUUCAUUUCAUACAUGAUAUAUUAUCCACUAAUACUGGUAAUGUUAGCUCUGAGCUGCUUUGCUGAUGCUGCACCAAGAUCUUCUGAAUAUGCUAAUGUUGAGAAACCGUGUCCUGAGGGAAGUGCAUCAUUCCUCUCAAGAAUUCUGUAUACGUGGUUUGAUAGUUUCGCUUGGAAGGGUUUCAGGAAGCCACUGGAAAUGAAAGAUUUAUGGGAUAUGAAUCCAGAAGACACUGCUAGUGAAGUUCUGUCUCAUUUUGAUAAGCACUGGGAAAAGACUCUGCAAAAGACAACUAAUGCCCAUGCUCCAAAAGCAUCAUUUGACAAGAAUUCUGCUAAUGUUGACUUUGUGGGAACACAAUAUAAAAGGAAACACCAGGCUUCUACUAUCCUACCAGCUAUUUUCAAGGCAUUUGGACCAACAUUUAUUUUUGGUGCUUGCCUCAAGCUUGUACAAGAUAUACUCAUGUUUGUGAAUCCCCAGAUAUUAAAGUUGCUCAUCUCCUUUGUGGAAGGAAAUGAGCCUAUGUGGAAGGGAUACACCUAUGCAGGUCUUAUGUUUGGAACCGCAGUGGUGCAAACUUUGGUGCUGGCACAGUACUUUCAUCGUAUGUCCAUUGUUGGUCUCCGUGUCAGAACUGCAAUGACAGCAGCAAUUUACAGAAAAGCACUUCGUAUGUCAAGCUCAGCUAGAAAGGAAUCAACAGUUGGAGAAAUUGUUAAUUUGAUGUCAGUGGAUGUCCAAAAACUUAUGAAUCUUACCAACUAUCUGAAUAUGAUUUGGUCUGCUCCUUUACAGAUUGGACUAGCACUGUAUUUUCUGUGGGAUAUCUUAGGUCCAUCUGUGCUUGCUGGUCUGGCUGUCAUGAUAAUUGUGAUACCGAUUAAUGCAUGUAUAGUAAACAGAGUGAAAACACUUCAGAUGCGACAAAUGAAAUAUAAAGAUGAAAGGGUUAAAGUUAUGAAUGAAGUUCUAAAUGGCAUGAAAGUCUUAAAAUUGUAUGCUUGGGAGCCAUCAUUUGAAAAAGAGGUUUCAAGAAUAAGAAACAAAGAAAUAAAAGUACUGAAGCAAUUGGCAUAUCUCACUGCAGUAACAUCAUUUGUAUGGUACUUUGCUCCUUUCUUGGUAUCUCUACUCUCCUUUGCAUCAUUCAUACUUUCAAGGGAAGAGAAUGUGCUGGAUUCAAAAACAGCAUUUGUAUCAUUGUCAUUGUUUAAUAUUCUACGUUACCCAAUGUCGAUGCUUCCUGUGCUGAUUUCCAAUUUAGUGCAGGCAAAUGUGUCUAUAAAGAGAAUGAAUAAAUUCAUGAAUAGUGAAGAACUAGACCCCAAUAAUGUUACUCAUGAUUAUUCUGACAUGGCAGAAUAUCCUCUUGUCAUGGAAAAUGGUACCUUCAGCUGGGGCCCUGAUGAAAAUCCAGUAUUGCGAAAAAUCAAUCUGCAUAUCAAACAAAGUUCAUUGGUAGCUGUUGUUGGAACUGUUGGUUCAGGAAAGAGUUCACUGAUAUCAGCAUUUCUUGGUGAAAUGGACAAAAUUACUGGCAGGGUUAACACCAAGGGCUCAAUUGCUUAUGUACCACAGCAGGCAUGGAUACAGAAUGCUACUUUGAAGGAUAACAUUUUGUUUGGUAAAUCCCUAGAGCAGUCCUCAUACCUACAAAUAAUAGAUGCAUGUGCCCUUAAACCAGAUCUGCAGAUCCUUCCAGGUGGUGAUCAGACAGAAAUUGGAGAAAAGGGUAUAAACUUAAGUGGUGGUCAGAAACAGAGAGUCAGCUUGGCUAGAGCAGUUUAUAGUAAUGCUGAAAUAUAUUUUUUGGAUGAUCCUCUUAGUGCUGUUGACAGUCAUGUUGGAAAGCACAUCUUUGAAAAUGUGAUUGGACCAACAGGUUUACUGAAAAAGAAGACAAGAGUUCUGGUGACACACAGUAUAACAUUCCUGCCAGAAGUUGACCUCAUUGUAGUUCUAAAAGAUGGUGAAGUUACUGAAACAGGUGCUUAUAAGGAGUUGCUUGAAAAGAAGGGUGCGUUUUCAGAGUUCCUUGUCCAGCAUCUUCAGGAGGCUGACACAGAAGGAGGAGAUAAUGGAGAGCUUGAAGAGAUCAAACAGCAAUUAGAGACUGCAAUUGGUGCUGGAGAACUAUCUCAAAAAUUGAAGCAGACAAGAUCACAAAUUUCAGAAAGUCACAGUGAGAGUGGCUCAGUCGAUGAUAAAAAUUCACUGUCAAUGUCAGGAUCAGUAUGCAGGCAAAAUGCAAUAGAGAGCAGCACUGAAAAAAGUAACAGCCUUAAAACAGCUGGUUGUGUUGAGAAGAAUAAUGUACCUGUUAAAUCAGUGCAACCUGGGAAGAAGCUAACAGAAACUGAGAAAGCUGAAAUAGGAAGUGUGAAAUGGGCAGUUUACUCUCAUUACUUGAAAGCUGUGAGCAUCUUUCUAUCAUUGGCCACAAUAUUAUUUAAUGUUUUGUAUCAAGCAUUUUCAAUUGGUACAAAUUUCUGGCUCUCUGUCUGGUCAAAUGAUGCAGAUUAUAUUGCUAACACUUCAGACACCACCAAAAGGGAUCUCUAUUUAGGUAUAUAUGGAGCAUUGGGUUUUGGGCAAGCUGUUGUCUCCUACUUUACUAUUCUACUGCCAUUGCUGGGAUUUUGUCACGCAGCCAAAGCAAUGCAUGCAACAUUGUUGAAUGGGAUUAUGCGUGCGCCACUUAUGUUCUUCGAUACAACACCCAUUGGCCGAAUAAUCAGCCGCUUCUCAAAAGAUAUUGAUAUCAUGGACACUACAAUACCUUACCAGAUGGCUGAUUGUCUCUCUUGUGUUUCUCAGGUACUGUCAAUCAUAAUUGUUAUCAGCUGUAGCACUCCAAUAUUUAUGAUACUUCUUUUACCAAUUGGACUUCUAUACUAUUUCAUGCAGCGUUUUUAUGUAGCAACAUCCAGGCAGCUCAAACGGCUUGAAUCAAUUUCCAGAUCACCAAUAUAUUCCCAUUUUGGGGAAACAGUCACAGGUGCUUCAACCAUCCGAGCAUAUGGUGUGCAGCAGCAGUUUAUCUGGGAAAAUGAGAAUAAGGUGGAUGAGAAUCAAGUGUGUUAUUAUCCCAGCAUUAUUGCAAACAGAUGGCUUGCAGUCAGAUUAGAGAUGAUUGGCAAUUUAAUAAUUCUAUUUUCAUCGCUGUUUGCAGUAUUGGGCCAUGAUUCCAUAAAUGCUGGUAUUGUGGGAUUAUCUGUCAGUUAUGCUCUCCAGGCAACACAAACUCUGAACUGGCUGGUAAGAACAAUGUCAGAUGUAGAGACAAAUAUUGUGGCAGUGGAGAGAAUAAAAGAAUACAGUGAAAUUCCUCAGGAAGCACCAUGGGAAAUACCUUCAACACUACCACCGAUUGACUGGCCUUCAAAAGGGGAAGUGCAGUUCAAAGACUACAAAAUGCGCUACAGGGAAGGCCUUGAUUUGGUAUUACAUGGAAUCACUUUCAGUGUGUCUGGAGGAGAAAAGGUUGGAAUAGUUGGCAGAACUGGAGCAGGCAAGUCUUCACUGACAUUAGCACUGUUCCGCAUCAUAGAACCAGCUGGUGGCUCAAUUGAGAUUGAUAAUGUCGAUGUAACCAAGCUGGGAUUAUAUGCUCUGCGGUCAUGUCUCACUAUCAUCCCUCAAGAUGCAGUUUUAUUUUCUGGGACAUUGCGUCUCAAUCUUGAUCCUUUCAACAAGCAUUCAGAUGAGGAAGUAUGGCAUGCACUUGAACAGGCACAUUUGAAGACUUUUGUGGAAGGCCAUGCUGCAGGCCUCAGUCAUGAGGUUACUGAAGGUGGUGAGAAUCUCAGUGUUGGGCAACGUCAGCUGGUCUGCUUGGCCAGAGCCCUAUUGCGUAAGACAAAAGUGUUGAUUCUAGAUGAGGCUACGGCUGCUGUUGACCUUGAGACUGAUGACUUGAUACAGCAAACAAUACGCACAGAAUUUGAACAGUGCACAGUCCUGACAAUUGCUCAUAGGUUAAACACAAUCAUGGAUUACAACAGAAUUAUUGUGUUAGACAAAGGAAAAGUAGUAGAAUUUGAUUCACCUCAGUCACUGUUGGAAGACAGGACCUCUAUCUUCUACAGCAUGGCCAAGGAUGCAGGCUUAGUGUAACUAAAACAAACAGAAUAUAUAUCAAGUAGAAGAGAACAAAAACCAUAUGUUCCUCCAGUUCAUAAAAUCCAUCGUAUCCAGCUGUUUAUUCCAAGAGAAGCAUGGUUAGCUGUAAACAGUUUAAUGAUUUCCAGAAGAAACUAUGUAUGGACACAAACAUACUUUUUGCCAGUAUUGUGUUUUUGUUCAGGACAUAGAAAACAGUACAAAAUCAAGAAUAACAGAUGCUACUUGACAUCCAUCAUUUAUCUUCAUAAUCGUAAAUGAUUGUUUAAUUUAAUGCUGUACAUGAUAUUUUGAAGCAAGAAUUUGCCAAGAUUAUCAAGAAACAAGCUCUUUUUCUCAGCUUCACCACAGCACAUUUUUUAAUCACAUUUAACCUUCCAGCACUUGAUAAGUUAUCCAUUUUAGCACAUAUUUUGCAGAGGGAUGUUACUAAUACCAAUAAGUUAAUACAGUAUGUUUCUUGGUGAUCUUGCUUCCAUAGCCAUGUAAACUUUAGGCAUCCUGUGUACAAGAUGCCUAUGUUCAUUUUCUUUUAUAUUAGUGACUCAAUGACUCUUUUGUAACUCACCUCUCAUAAUAUUGGUCCUUGCAGUUUUAAUUCCACCAUGUCUUCUGUUACGGUCUUUUUAUCUGGUAUAGGCAAAUAUAACUAUUUUUUAUGAUGACAAUGACAGUGGUAGGUGAUAAAUCAAUUUACUUCCUGCACUUAAAUUGAGAAAUCCAAAGCAUUAAAAUGGCACUUUGUUGUUUUAUAUUUUUGGAUAGUUAAUUGAUUCAUUCCAUAGUUCAUUGUAGUAAAUAACAACAACAUUGGGAAGUGUAGCUUCUGAUUUCCAUACUGAUGUUAAACUACAAUGUGAAAGCCUUGUUGCUGGUGGCAGAUGUGAUACAUCAUCCUCUUUUGUGUUUUAUUGCAUUAGUUAAUACAAAAGUACUUAUUUAUUUUGUAUUCAUCCGUGUCAAUUUUGUCAGUGACACAUUACAUCACAGGACAUUUAUGUAAAUGUAUAUGCAUUAUUAACAAUAUUAUGAAAAUGAAAGUUGCCACUCACCAUAUAAUGGAGAUGCUGGUGUGUGUGUGUGUGUGUGUGUGUGUGUGUGUGUGUGUGUGUGUGUGUGUGAUCUGUUUCUGAUGAAGGCCUUACUGGCCAAAAGCUUUAUUUGUGGCAUUCUUUAUGUUGUGUCUAUCUGUGACUCAGCAUCUCCACUAUAUGGUGAGUGGCAACUUUCCUUUUCAUAAUACUGUUACAUUCCAUCCUGGAUUUUCCAUUAUACGAAUUAUUAUUACUAUUAUUGUCAGACACUGAUGGCAAAUAUGUGUUUGUGAUGUAUAUUGUGUGCUUGAAAAGCAGGCCUUCAUUCUCUGGUGUGUCAGAGGAAAAUAAGUGCCGGCUGCAAGUAAUACUGAGUAUUUGUGAGAAUAUUUUGUCUUGAUGUUGUGAUAGACUAUGUAAUUCAUUAACUGCCUUAGAUGAAUUCCCAUAAAUUGUGAUAUCUGAAGCCUAUGCAUGCAACUGUGAUUGUACAGUUCAUUCUCAUUUCAGAAAAUAUGUUUUUUGG